CUCACCACCAACCAGUCAGUCUGCACUCCCAACGAGAGGCGGGCCAGCUCAUCGUCGGCCGCCCCUCUCGCCUGAGGUUACCUUGUGCCGUCUACGACAGCAGACGAUGGUAUACCACUACGGAUCACCGAUCAUCGCCAUGCCUCCACUGGCUUCUACCCCACCGACCCCCUCCUCGCUCCACCGCCACGCUUCGCACGACUCCCCAGCCACCCACCUCCAGCCUGACGGCUCCUCAUCCUCGUAUUCUUCUACGUCCCUGGCGCCAAACACGCAAGCAUCUCACCAGAUCCCCUUUCAGGCGACGCCCGUCCACCAUGGACCAACACCGCUGAGCUUCGGUUUUGGCUUUGGCUCGUCUGGCUCCUCGACGCCGCAAUCUUCUGCGCUGCACCAGCAAUGGGGUCAACCAUCGACGGCUACGCCGACCUCUCACUUCUCGCCCUCUUCAGCACGCUUUGCCUCGCCAGCCUACCAGUCUGUGCCCAGCACAUCGAGACGAUCGGAGGCCAAGCGGCGGCGGGACGAUGACGAUGGAGAUAGCGACAGUGAGAUGGAUACGGCGGGACCCUCGCGCGAGAAGAGCGGGAGCCCGCUGUCGAACCGACCCAUGGCCAGCUCCCGGCAGACACUUCCCAAGCGCAUGCGAGCUGGUCUUGGCGCUGUCGGUCUCAUGAGCCUCGACGAGGGAGCGACACGCCAAAGUCCGUCUCUCCCAGCCAGCAGCACCACCUCAAGCAAAUCUGCGCCGAGCGAAAGCGGUACCGGCAGACAGACUUCGAUGGCCGAUCGUGUGGAUGUUGGCCGAAUUCUUGCCACCCUGGACAAGCCAUCGCUCUUAUCUCUCUUCCACAAGCUCCUUCAAAGCAGCUCCGAUCCCGGGCUCAGGGACCAGAUCGUCUCGCUUCUGCCCUCGCCAUCGCUCGACUCGAUCGAGCCGGCGCUCGACGAGGCAGAGAAGGCCAUCAGAGCGGCCUUGCCGAGUGCGGGCCAGCAUGAGGUCCGAGCCGAGUUCGCUUGGGGACGGCUCAGGAGCCCUGUGGCCGAAUUUGUCCACACCGCUCAGGGCUUUCUUCCCCUCUUUGUCGACGAAGACCUGCCCUCGACACCGUCAUCAACGGGAGAAGGAUCGAGCAAGCGGGAGCGGCCGCAUGUCUCGACCACCUUCAACUUUCUUCAUCUCGUCACCGUCAGGGCGCUUCGCAUUCUUGAAGCAUUACCGGCCGUUCCAAGAACGGCUUCGAUGUUUGCCCUCGACCGGCAGCAGCCCGGGCCAUUGUUCCGCAUUGGCAGCUGCGAGGCGGUCAAGCAACUGAGCCAGAUGCUGCCUACCCACACCAUGGCCAUUUCCUCGCCGAACAGCAUCGUCAAUCAGCUCCUUCCCCAACUGGCCUUGCAGUGGACGCGGCUUUUUGAGCGAGUGGCCAAAGCCGUCAACGAAGAGGGCAAGAUGUUUGGCGCUGAAAUGGUGCGAGGAUGGAUCGGGUCGCUCAACGCGCUCGUGACGCCGCAGCAGGGCGACGCAGAAGCCUCUGUGGACGAUCCGGCCAAGGCGAUGCGGUCGACGCUGAAUGCGCUCAAGAGCCGACUCGAGCACGAGGUUGGCUGGCUCGUCGGCGUGCAUCGUGGCUCUUCCUCCUCCUCGUUUGGCUAUUCAACAGCCCAGCAUCACCAACACCAGCCUCCGACCCAGCACCACCUUCAUUCUCGACCCAUGGAUCAGGAAGAGGAACUGUAGCUGGCUCGCCUCCCCAUCACCCUCGCAUCAAUCGAGAGACACACUCAGACUCUCUCUCUCUCGUCUGCCCCAAUUCUCAUAUCAUCAGUCCACGUUUCACGGCAUGUCUCGGUCACUUUGUCAAAUUUUUCAAUUACCCCUCUUCUCAUCUUCAUCCACACAAGAAACAUCAUGUACAAAUCGCACCCUCCCUCUUCGUUCAGCUCAGAUCCAAUCCAAUAAUGAUGAUCAACGUU